GCGUCGACUCCCCGCUAUCCGUUUGCUCCGCUUCUGCCAAGGAGCUCCUGACUUCCCAGCCUCCGCGCGCGCUGGCGCGCACACACACAAACACACACUCCUCCUCUCGCCGUCCCUCGCCUUUUAUUUAUUUAUUUUGCCCCCUUCUUCUUUCUUUUAAAAAAAGAGAAAUCUUUCUCCUCGCCACUACACCCCUCCUCUUCUCUGGCAGCCUCAGCGCGAGGGGAGAGUUGCAGUUCAUUCGUGGCCUUUGUGGAAUAGGAGCACUGCUCGUAAGGUGACCGGCAGGAGCGGAAAGGAAAGACUCCUUAAGAUUUUCCGGAGAGGUCCGAGCUGGCUGCAUUUAGUUUUCAAGAAACUGGAUCGUGCUUUUACUGCUUUAAUUUUGGGAAAUUUUGAGGAGUCUUACAUUUCUAAUCCUCCAGUCAUCGAUCCAUUUUGGCGUUGAAAAUUGGUGGGGAUAAAAGGCAACUGAUUUCCUGGCCUUUGACAAUCUAGUUAAGUAUCUGACUGACAGGAUGUUGGCACCAGCUUUGGAGGAAUCGAUCAGCCUCAACUCAAGCUCUCUGUCCUGAGACACAACAGCAGGAUGUGCCUUGGAGAAGGGUCUCAGGGUGGAGAAUUUGGAACUGAAUCAAAAUCUACACACUCAGGGAGCUGCGGUUCACAAGGUUGAGGUGAGAAGUCUAUACAACACCAGAAUCUAACAACACCAAAGCUUUGAAAAUUCUUCAUCUGGAAUUUCAGAUUGGAGAGACUCGCGGUGGCUUCUAAGCCAGUGAUCGAAGCCGCCAAAGUAUGCUGGUGCCAAGCUGUCGGAGGAUGCAUGUAGCCAGGCCAGUAGUACUGCUCCUCUGCUUCCUGCUCUGUGCUGAUGCUGAAACACCACCAAAGUUUACAAGAACACCCGUUGACCAGAUAGGAGUCUCUGGGGGAGUCGCAUCAUUCAUCUGCCAAGCUACGGGAGACCCGAGACCUAAGAUUGUCUGGAACAAAAAGGGCAAGAAAGUCAGCAAUCAGAGAUUUGAGGUAAUAGAGUUUGAUGAUGGAUCUGGAUCCGUUCUCAGAAUACAACCACUACGGACUCCACGAGAUGAAGCUAUUUAUGAAUGUGUUGCUUCCAACAGUGUUGGAGAAAUAAGUGUGUCCACAAGACUCACUGUGUUACGUGAGGAUCAAAUUCCUCGUGGUUUCCCCACCAUUGAUAUGGGCCCGCAACUAAAGGUGGUUGAACGCACUAGAACGGCCACCAUGUUAUGUGCAGCCAGUGGGAAUCCUGAUCCUGAAAUAACUUGGUUCAAAGAUUUUUUACCCGUGGACACGAGCAACAACAAUGGACGUAUCAAACAAUUACGAUCAGGUGGUACACCAAUAAGAGGUGCCCUCCAAAUCGAAUUGAGCGAAGAAUCUGACCAAGGCAAAUAUGAGUGUGUUGCAACCAACAGUGCAGGGACACGGUAUUCUGCCCCUGCCAAUCUGUAUGUCAGAGUUCGUCGGGUCCCACCAAGGUUUUCGAUCCCACCCACCAACCAUGAAAUUAUGCCCGGAGGGAGUGUUAACAUCACCUGUGUUGCUGUGGGGUCUCCAAUGCCAUAUGUGAAAUGGAUGCUGGGAGCAGAAGAUCUUACCCCGGAAGAUGACAUGCCAAUAGGAAGGAAUGUCCUGGAGCUAAAUGACGUCAGGCAAUCUGCAAAUUACACUUGUGUUGCUAUGUCUACUCUUGGUGUUAUAGAAGCAAUAGCGCAGAUAACUGUGAAAGCCUUACCCAAACCUCCAGGAACUCCUGUUGUAACAGAAAGCACAGCAACAAGCAUUACUUUGACUUGGGAUUCUGGAAACCCUGAGCCAGUGUCUUAUUACAUAAUCCAACAUAAACCUAAAAACUCUGAGGAACUCUAUAAGGAAAUUGAUGGAGUCGCCACAACUCGAUACAGCGUCGCCGGUUUGAGUCCUUAUUCCGAGUAUGAGUUCAGAGUUGUUGCUGUCAACAACAUUGGGCGGGGGCCACCCAGUGAACCGGUUUCAACACGGACCUCGGAGCAAGCACCGUCUAGCGCACCGCGCAACGUACAAGCCCGUAUGUUGAGCUCAACCACAAUACUGGUGCAGUGGGAAGAACCUGAGGAACCCAAUGGACAAAUACAAGGCUACAGAGUUUAUUACACCAUGGAUCCCUCCCAACAUGUCAACAGCUGGUUGAAACAUAAUGUGGCCGACAGCCAUAUAACCACCAUUGGGAAUCUAAUACCGCAGAAAACUUACUCUGUGAAAGUUCUUGCUUUUACCUCUGUUGGUGAUGGGCCUCUUUCUAGUGACAUUCAAGUCAUCACUCAGACAGGAGUCCCAGGGCAGCCAUUGAACUUCAAAGCUGAACCAGAAUCCGAAACAAGCAUACUCCUUUCUUGGACCCCUCCACGGUCUGACACAAUCUCCAACUAUGAUCUUGUUUACAAAGAUGGAGAGCAUGGAGAAGAGCAGCGGAUUUCCAUUGAUCCAGCUACAACUUACCACUUGCAAGGUCUAAAACCAAAUAGUUUGUAUUACUUCCGUCUGUCUGCACGCUCUCCACAAGGCCUCGGUGCUUCAACGGCAGAAAUAUCAGCUAGAACAAUGCAGUCAAAGCCAUCAGCUCCUCCUCAAGACAUUAGUUGCAAGAGCCCCAGCUCCACUAGUAUUUUGGUAAGUUGGCAGCCUCCGCCAGUGGAAAAACAGAAUGGAAUUAUCACUUCCUACUCCAUCAAGUACACUGGAAUUGAUGGAGAAGAUGACAAGCCCCACGAAAUUUUGGGAAUUGCUCCGGACACGUCACAGUACCUUUUGGAACAGUUGGAAAAAUGGACUGAAUAUCGGAUUUCUGUGACAGCCCACACUGAUGUUGGACCUGGCCCAGAGAGUGAAUCUGUGUUGAUCCGAACAGAUGAAGAUGUUCCUAGUGGUCCUCCUCGCAAAGUCGAGGUAGAGGCUGUCAACUCUACAGCUGUUAAAGUGUUGUGGCGUUCACCAGUGCCCAAUAAGCAGCAUGGUCAAAUCCGAGGGUACCAGGUGCAUUAUGUGAAAAUGGAAAAUGGAGAGCCCAGGGGGCAACCCAUGCUGAAGGAUAUCAUGUUGGCUGAUGCACAGUGGGAAUAUGAUGAUACUACUGAACAUGAAAUGAUAAUAGCGGGAUUGCAGCCCGAGACAACCUAUUCUCUCACUGUGACGGCCUAUACGACCAAAGGAGAUGGAGCACGAAGCAAACCCAGACUGGUGUCCACGACUGGUGCAGUUCCAGGAAAACCUCGGCUUGUAAUUAGCCACACACAAAUGAGUACAGCUCUAAUUCAGUGGCACCCACCUGUCGACACAUACGGUCCUCUGCAGGGCUACCGCCUGAGGUUUGGCCGCAAAGACAUAGAUGCCUUUACGACGCGGGAUUUCACCGACAAGGACGACCACUACACCGCUACAGAUAUUCACAAGGGGACUUCGUAUGUCUUCAGGCUUUCAGCUAGAAAUAAAGUGGGCUUUGGGGAGGAGAUGGUAAAGGAAAUUUCGAUUCCAGAAGAUCUGCCAAGCGGAUUCCCUCAAAACCUGCGCUCGGAAAGUGCCACCUCAACUUCAGUCCAGCUCUCUUGGCAACCGCCCGUCCUAUCAGAAAGAAAUGGUAUUAUCACCAAAUACACUCUGCAGUACAGGGAUAUCAAUGUGGCACAUCACCAAACGGAGAUGUCUGUUGUUCCUGCUGAUAUUACUAUGACGCUUUCAGGCUUAAAACCAGAUACCACAUAUGAUGUAAAAAUACGUGCACACACAAGCAAAGGGCCUGGUCCAUAUAGUCCCAGUGUCCAGUUCAGGACACUACCUGUGGAUCAAGCAGUGUUUGCAAAAAAUUUUCAUGUCAAAGCAGUGAUGAAGACAUCGGUAUUGCUCUCUUGGGAGAUACCAGAGAACUACAACUCUGCUCUGCCUUUCAAAAUCCUGUACGAUGAUGGGAAAAUGGCAGUUGAGGUAGAUGGCCGAGCCACUCAGAAACUUAUCACCAACCUGAAACCUGAGACAUCAUAUUCAUUUGUACUGACCAAUAGAGGCAAUAGCGCUGGAGGUCUUCAGCACAGGGUAACAGCAAAAACAGCACCAGAUGUACUGCGAACCCAACCGCUGUUCAUUGAUAAGACCAAUGUUGAUGGAAUGGUAACAGUGAAGCUACCAGAUGUUCCUGCAAACAAAACUAUAAAAGGUUACUAUAUAGUAAUUGUGCCUUUGAUAAAGAAGUCUGAUGGAAAAUUCAUGAAACCACGAGAGAGCCCAGACGAAAUGGAAUUAGACGAGCUACUUAAAGAGAUAGCACGGAAACGCCGAAGUAUUCGUUUGGGGAGGGAAGCAGAUUUAAAGCCAUAUAUUGCAGCACACUUUGAAGUUCUUCCUACUGAGUUCACCCUGGGGGAUAAGAAACAGUAUGGUGGUUUUGAAAACAAGCAGCUCCAAAACGGCCAAGAAUAUGUCGUCUUUAUUUUAGCUGUUAUGGAACACUCGGAAUCCACCAUGUAUGCAACCAGCCCAUAUUCUGAAACGGUUGUAUCAGUGGAUCUUAACCCCCAGCCAAUUACAGAUGAAGAAGAAGGCUUGAUUUGGGUUGUAGGACCAGUUCUUGCAGUUGUGUUUAUCAUCUGUAUUGUUAUAGCUAUACUCCUUUACAAAAGCAGUAAACCUGACAGGAAAAGGGCAGAGACGGACUCUAGAAAGAGCAGUAUACCUAACAACAAGGAGAUUCCUUCCCACCACCCCACAGAUCCAGUAGAGCUACGGCGCCUUAAUUUUCAGACCCCAGCUUUGAGCAGUAAUUCAGUCCCCUACGCUUCCCUGAUUGGCUCUGUGUCCUCUCUCUCUAGCCAAACUACCACUCAGUCCUUAUAUGAUAAUAACUCUCUCCCACGAUUCGCUCGAAAAGGUAUGGCUAGCCAUCCACCAAUACCUAUUUCAGAACUUGCGGAUCACAUCGAAAGGCUGAAGGCUAAUGACAACCUCAAGUUUUCCCAAGAAUAUGAGUCAAUUGACCCAGGGCAGCAAUUCACAUGGGAACAUUCUAACCUGGAAGUAAAUAAACCAAAGAAUAGAUACGCGAAUGUCAUCGCUUAUGACCAUUCUCGAGUUCUCCAAUCAGCAAUAGAAGGCAUACCAGGGAGUGAUUAUAUAAAUGCUAACUACAUAGACGGCUACAGAAAACAGAAUGCCUAUAUAGCAACACAAGGAGCUCUUCCUGAAACUUUUGGAGAUUUCUGGAGAAUGAUCUGGGAACAAAGGGGCGCAACGGUUGUCAUGAUGACCAAACUGGAAGAGAGGUCCAGGGUGAAAUGUGAUCAGUAUUGGCCGAGCAGAGGAACCGAAACAUAUGGACUGAUCCAGGUGACCUUGUUGGACACUGUAGAAUUGGCAACGUACUGUGUUAGAACAUUUGCACUUUACAAGAAUGGAUCAAGCGAGAAGAGAGAAGUGAGGCAGUUCCAGUUCACUGCCUGGCCUGACCAUGGAGUUCCAGAACAUCCGACGCCAUUCCUAGCUUUCUUACGACGAGUCAAAACCUGUAAUCCUCCCGAUGCUGGGCCAAUGCUUGUUCACUGCAGUGCUGGAGUUGGCAGGACCGGCUGUUUCAUUGUAAUAGAUGCCAUGCUGGAGAGAAUAAAGCAUGAAAAGACUGUAGAUAUUUAUGGCCACGUAACACUAAUGAGAGCCCAGAGGAAUUACAUGGUUCAAACAGAGGACCAAUACAUCUUUAUCCACGAUGCACUGCUUGAAGCAGUGACAUGUGGAAAUACCGAAGUGCCAGCCAGAAACCUGUAUGCAUAUAUUCAGAAGCUGACACAGAUAGAAGCAGGAGAGAAUGUCACAGGAAUGGAACUGGAAUUUAAGCGGCUAGCCAGCUCUAAAGCUCACACUUCAAGAUUCAUCAGUGCCAAUCUUCCAUGUAAUAAAUUUAAAAAUCGCCUUGUUAAUAUUAUGCCAUAUGAAUCCACAAGGAUAUGUUUGCAGCCUAUUCGAGGGGUAGAAGGGUCUGAUUAUAUCAAUGCCAGCUUUAUCGAUGGAUACAGGCAACAAAAAGCCUAUAUCGCUACACAGGGACCUUUGGCAGAAACAACAGAAGAUUUCUGGAGAAUGCUUUGGGAGCACAAUUCAACCAUCGUAGUCAUGCUUACUAAACUGCGAGAAAUGGGCAGAGAAAAAUGCCACCAGUAUUGGCCAGCAGAGCGCUCAGCCAGGUAUCAGUACUUUGUGGUGGAUCCCAUGGCAGAGUACAACAUGCCGCAGUACAUCCUAAGGGAGUUCAAAGUCACAGAUGCCAGGGACGGCCAGUCUCGGACGGUGAGGCAGUUCCAGUUCACCGAUUGGCCUGAACAAGGAGUGCCAAAGUCGGGAGAAGGGUUUAUCGAUUUCAUAGGCCAAGUUCAUAAAACAAAAGAGCAGUUUGGGCAAGAUGGGCCAAUCUCGGUUCACUGUAGUGCUGGUGUUGGAAGGACCGGAGUGUUCAUAACCCUGAGCAUUGUGUUGGAAAGAAUGAGAUACGAAGGUGUUGUAGAUAUCUUCCAGACUGUCAAAAUGUUAAGGACGCAACGGCCAGCCAUGGUACAGACAGAGGAUCAAUAUCAGUUCUGCUAUCGAGCCGCACUAGAAUACCUGGGCAGCUUUGAUCACUAUGCAACGUAAAACAAAAUCCCUGACCAUCCUGGAUUUUUAACUGCAGGCCCUUUAAGAUCCAGAGAGCCUCUUCUGAGCCAUACCGUGUGCUUGAGAAGUACUUCUAAACUCCUAACUAAAGACCAAUUAGUGGGGAAAUAUUAAAAGGAAAAAAAAACUGUUCCAGGUGGACCAACAAUUCACAGUUCAAUAAACCUUACCAGAAACAUAAUAAAAGAAUCCAGACUGGUUGAGGCAUCUGAAGGAUUUCAUUUUACAGAUACCUCAAGGAUUCAGCUUUGGUUGAAGUUAAAGGGAAGAGCAAAUUCUGCAAAGAACCAUCAUCUUGUUCAGGAUUGCAUGAUAGUUAACAACGUGGAACUUGGGAGUCCUGCAAUUCGGUGCGAGAUGUUUGUCCAAGGGCCAGUACCUGGCUGCUCUGAGAAAAGACGAACUCUUUGCUUCAGCGUCUCCCCUUCCUACCAUAUUGCUCAUAAAUAACACUUUGGGGGUGGGGGGGGAAAGGGCGAAUGUUUAAAAAGAAAGUCCUUGAUUUAGUUUUUUAGUAUUGUAAAGAUACUGCUGACCUGUGCUUCAUUUUUAACUGUGUAAACUUUUUUCCUUUUUUUAUUUUAAACAAAAAGUUUAUCAUUCAAUGAAGUGAAUUUGGAGGGAAAAAAGUUGCAUAACUGUUCAUUAUUAUUUUUUGUUUGUUUCAGAAUUGUAGAUUUUUUUAUGCUGUAGAACUGUUACCUGUAAUAUCUCGCUGUAGAAAUGUUAAAUAAUUUGAAAAUUUGCACAUUUUUGUGCAACCCUAUAUUUAUCUCCAGGACCACAUUCUCAUUUAGAUAAUUGCUUUUACAUUUUGAUUUAUUAUUAUUAUUAUAAAAAUAUGAAAUAUAAAUCAGUUAAUAUACAUAUGGAAGGUUUUGUUUUUUGUUUCUUUUGGAAUCAACAGGGAAGCGCAAAGUAUAAAGCUGCUAUUAACACACACACACACACCUUUCUCUUUAUAUCUAUAAAUAUAUGUAUAUCUCUAUUAUUGUCUCUCUAUCAAUCUACAAUUAUGCACGUAGAUAGAUAGACAGAAAUGCAUAUAUUGCAUAUCAGUUCUUCCAUGGCUUGGAUUUAUUGAAGCAGUGGAGGAGGGGAGGAGAAUCCCAAAUGCUACAUUCAGUCCAUACAAUAUUUCUGAACAUGUCUGCAUCUCAUUGUUUUGCUUUGAGGGCUUUUGUUUCGUUGUCUGUUUUCCAGGGGAAAUGAGGAAUGCACAUCAGUGAUACUUGAAACUCAGUCCUACCCCCCCCAAAAAAAAGAAAAGAAAGAAAAAGAAAAAGAAAAGGAUGGAAAUCAUAUGUACACGCAUCUCACACAUACAAAAACACCUUAGUGUAACACCUUAGUGCAAUAAACAAACCAUACUAAAUAUAGGAAGUGUGCAUGUGGGAAAGGUCAGUGCAUAUUCCCUUAGGAGGGGAGAAUGUUGUAAUAUAAUAGUUGUCAAGAUGUUUUAAAAAUGUAUUCACUUGUAUAAUUGUCUAUAGUAUACGGUAGGACAUCUGCAUUGACGAUGUAUAAUGGGGCAAAGCCAAACUCAUGUUGCUCUGUUGAAUCAGAACUCUUUUUGUGGCAUACAGCAUUAAUGGAAAAUGCUGGGGUUUUUUUAAUUUUAAUUUUUACAUUUAGAGUGCCUUAUAUUUGAUGCCUAUUUUGAUAGCAUUUCUUCGAGUUUUGUUCCGUCUGUAUUUGCAUUAGUUGAACUCACAUUUCUCUUGUGUCACCCUUCCCCCAACCCCCUUUCUUCGAUUAAAAAGCAUUAGCUUUUCAACACAUGUACAAAGAGGUCUUUUAAGAAUAUGCAUUCCUGGUGUUAAAUAUUAAUCCAUGUUUAUCCCAAGCAGUUGGGUAGUCAGGGGCUGUUUAUCCGGGUGCGAGUCCUCCCAGUCUGCUUUCGUAACCAUUGCAUUGGUUAUCAGAAGCCAGGAGCACCGUGCUGAAAAGAGAAGGUAGAUACCCCUUAAUAGACAUCGGAGCAGCGAUUAGAAUGGGUCUUGAUUCAUAUCCAUGCACACGAAUUUUCACUGGAGGCCAAAGCAUGUUCACUUUACUCAGGCUAAAAGGCCUCCUGAAAUAAGCUGGGUCAGGCAAGCGGACAGAGGGCGUAAAUGUAAGGAAGAUUAUAUGUGACCCCCUCAUUGUGGACGGUACAAAACAUUUUGAGGCACUAUAAUGGAAGCCAUUUGCUCUUGCAUUGGUCUGGGUUCAGCCUAGCACCAUGUUGGAACAUAAAUAUCAAAAGAAUUAUUUUAAAUGCGGUUUAAAAAAAAAAAAGGAUCACCAAGGAAGUGAUUAGUUGAUCUUUCUCUCUCUUUUUCCAUGUUUCCCAUCGCUACCAGAAAUAAAUAUAUUAAAAGACCAAACACUAGAAAGCAUUCUAUUUGAGCACUUUUAUAUAUAAAAAUGCAAAAAUGGGGGGGAAAUUAAACAUAUAUAUGUAUAAUAAUAAUAAUAAUAAUAAUAAUAAAGUAUUAUAGAAGGCUACCUCAGAAUGAGAUUCUCUAACUUACAUCAGAAUCAGAGAAGAAUGUGCACUAUAUGUUUCCUUUUGUUUUGUUUUUUAUUUGUUUCUGUCGAAAUAGUAUUUUUUAAAGUGCCAGAUUAUGCAGCGAACUCAUGCUUUUAGCCAAAAGUACCCGUUUUCAGAUACUCACAGUAGGAAAAAAUGCUACAUUUUAGAAGCAUAGAGGAAAGGCAUGUCUGCACAGGAUCUUUCUGUGUUCUGGACUUGUAAGCGCAAGAUUGGAAGUGCGUGACAAAAUGCCAACGACGACCCCAUUUUGCAUGGGAUUCAAGUGCAUCCUUGCUCUGUAUAGAAAUCUGCAGUGGUCACUGCAGACUGCGCAUGGGGGUCAUGUGGCUUAUGAGGUCAGGAUAUACACGGAAGAGCAUAAAAAAAGAAAAUCCACGUGCAGACAUACACUAGGCAGGCCAAUUGCUCAUGAAAACAAUUGGCCUUUUUUCUGCAAAAAAUGAAAACAAAAAUCAUUUGAUUUAUUCAAGAAAAGCGUUGUAUGAAAUCACUAGUGAGUGAGGGGUGAACGUUUUCACGUGACAAGAAGAGGAAGAAAUAGCCGCACAUAUUCCCGUCAAAACUGCUAUUCAGGAGUUGCUUCUAAUGAGGAACUCUCUCCGAAUCAUUGAUGUGCAUUCCAUUUUCUGUAUCUUUGCUGUGCAGUGAUCUCUCUCUCUCUCUCUCUCUCUCUCUCUCUCUCUCUCUCUCUCUCUUUAAUUAGUAGGUGUCAUUAUCUGCCAUUUACCAAGCUCAGAAUUCAGUUUCAUCAGCAUAACCAGUACGGUGCUAUUAUUUACCUAUGUAUGUGUAGUUAUGUAUAAUUUUGUAAUUAGUUAACAAUGGAGAAAUACGCAAAAUAUAUAAAAAAUUAUUUGUACAGAACUUUUAUUUUAGCUCCUUUUUUUAAUAAAAAAGAAAGAAAAAAAAACCUGGUUUGCAUGGUUAGACGUUGGCAAGGAUGGCUGGGGGAAGGAAGGGUUUACUCUAGGGAGAUUUGCACUUUCUAUACCUUUGUACUAUGCACUGCCCUAUUGAUUCUACACCCAAUAGUAUUAUUACUUGAACCCAUCUGUAAGGAAAACUGCUUAUGAAAAUCCACUUGUGUGUAUGUAAAUAACACAAAACAUGUUUGAAGGGGGGGAGGGCAUUUGCAGGGGCAACAACAAGAUGCAAGUUCCCUCCUCCUUAUAAUUUUAUUUUCUCCCCCGCUCCUCUUAUGGUUUUGUGAUCUCUCUUUUCGUUUUCGAGUGCCCUGAUACUCCCAACAGAAUAUCAGAAGGCUGCAGCUCCCGUCAUCCAUCUUGUUACGUGGCUUUGCCAUUCAAGCUUGGAGUGUCUUUACAAAGAUAAUACAAGUUGUGUUCUUUGCUCUCGUUUUGGAUGCCUAGACUGAAAACAAAAACAACAAAAAAAUCAAAAUAAAAAAAUUACCUUGUAAAAUGGCUUGUUAAAAAAAAUACAAUUACCUCUAAUUAGUAGUACGCGUAAAUGUUUUACAGAAUGAAAGGCGUGCUUUUUAUUUUCUUACUUCGUUACAUUGGUGGCGAAAGAAAGUCUGUAUGAAAAUCAGUUAUUUGCUGACACAAGUUCCAUUUGUUACAAAAGAAUUCUAAUAAAAAUGUCAGUGUUA